AUGGCCCCGCCCCCGUCCGUGGCCGCGGCCCACGCUCGCGCCGGCGACGCGGUCGACCCUACCCUCCGCCUCCGCCGCGCCCCUGCCGCCGAGGCGGACGCCGGCGGUCGGCGGGAGGACGCCGUCCCGCCGCCGCAAACGCAGCCGCAGAAGCAGCACGAGAUGUUCUGCUACCGCGCGUCGGCGCCGGCCCACCGCCGGGUCAAGGAGAGCCCGCUCAGCUCCGACGCCAUCUUCCGACAGAGUCAUGCGGGUCUUCUGAACCUAUGCAUUGUUGUGCUGAUUGCAGUUAACAGCAGGCUCAUUAUUGAGAACUUAAUGAAGUAUGGCCUAUUAAUAAGAGCUGGAUUUUGGUUUAGUGCAAGAUCACUGCGAGAUUGGCCACUUCUGAUGUGCUGCCUCACUUUACCCAUCUUCCCACUUGCUGCACUCAUGACCGAGAAGAUGGCUCAAAGAAAUCUCAUUCGUGAACAUGUGGCCAUUCUUCUCCAUAUCAUUAUUACAACCACUGUCCUAUUCUAUCCAGUUGUUGUGAUUCUUAAGUGUGAAUCAGCAGUAUUAUCUGGAUUUAUGCUAAUGUUUAUUGCAAGCAUUACUUGGUUGAAGCUUGUCUCUUUUGCUCAUACUAAUUAUGAUAUAAGGGCAUUGUCCAAAAGUAUUGAAAAGGGUGCUACAUAUGACAGUUCUAUCGACGAGGAAAGCAUUAAAGGUCCAACUAUCAACAGAAUAGUGUAUUUCAUGCUGGCCCCAACAGUUUGUUACCAGACAAGUUAUCCCCGGACAGCAUUUAUUAGGAAAGGCUGGGUGACCCGGCAGCUUAUAAAAUGCCUAGUAUUUACAGGCUUGAUGGGUUUCAUAAUUGAGCAAUACAUAAAUCCAAUUGUCCAGAAUUCCAAGCAUCCGCUGAAAGGGAAUUUCUUGGAUGCUAUUGAGAGAGUUCUGAAACUCUCAGUGCCAACGUUGUAUGUUUGGCUUUGUAUGUUCUAUUGCUUUUUCCAUUUGUGGUUGAAUAUUCUUGCCGAACUUCUGCGUUUUGGUGAUCGUGAAUUCUACAAGGACUGGUGGAAUGCCAAAACAUUUGAAGAGUAUUGGAGAAUGUGGAACAUGCCUGUUCAUAAGUGGAUUGUUCGACAUAUAUAUUUUCCUUGCAUAAGGAAUGGCUUUUCAAAGGGUUUUGCCAUUCUCAUCUCAUUUCUGGUUUCAGCUGUAUUUCAUGAGCUAUGUAUUGCUGUUCCUUGUCACAUCUUCAAGUUAUGGGCAUUUUCUGGAAUCAUGUUUCAGAUUCCCCUGCUAUUGUUGACAAAGUAUCUUCAAGAUAAGUUCAAGAAUACAAUGGUUGGCAACAUGAUAUUUUGGUUCUUCUUCAGCAUAGUUGGGCAACCGAUGUGUGUGCUUUUAUACUACCAUGAUGUGAUGAACAGACAAGCUCUAUCAAAUAGAUAGCUCU